UCUGGUCCGCGCCGGCUUUUCUUCUCUCUCCCCCGCCCCCGGCAUGGCCUCGGUGCCCCUCAAGAAAAGGCGGGGCCCAAGCUCUGGGACGGGGGUCGGGGGAGCCGCAGCCCCCAUCCCACCCCUGCCCCGCUUCCCAGAGCUCACCAUCUACCUGGUGGAGCGGCGUAUGGGCCGGAUCCGCCGGGCUUUCCUCACCGAGCUGGCCCGGGCCAAGGGCUUCCGCGUGGACGAGGUUUACAGCCCACAAGUGACCCAUGUGGUGAUGGAGGCCGUCUCUGGGGAAGAAGCAUCCGACUACCUGGACCGCAUUUUGGGGGCCUCCCAGAGCCUGCAGAAGCCUCUGCUGUUGGAUAUCAACUGGCUCACGGAAAGCAUGGGUCAAGGGAAACCUGUGCCUGUGGAAGCCAAACACUGCCUGUGG